GUUUCAUGUUCACAGCAGGGUCGAUUUUAUAUGUAGUUUGCUGGUGGCUAAUGUGUGAGACCCAUCAGUCUGCAAAGGUUGGGGUAGGGAAUGUCAGCACGAUAUGUCUUUAUAAAAUGUCAUCUAAAACAGAAGCGACAGAUGGACCGACAUGUACUGAAGAGAAAAUAGGUAGUUUGUGGACUGAUUUUACCCAGAGCACAGGAUUACACGGAGUGAAUAAACUGACCCCCGGACGAAACCACAAAAUUAGAUGCUUUUCAUGGACCGUCGCAGUUUUGGUGAUGACAGGAUACAUGACCUACAACAUAACACAGGAGCUGAUGAAUUACUACAGACGCCCAGUGAUAACUAACACGAAGGUGGAAGUCAUCGAGGAGCUGCCUUUUCCUGCCGUCACCUUCUGCAAUCUGAGUCCGUUUAAUCUAACCAAGAUUAAAGCAGUCGAUCCUUAUCUGGAGGAGUAUUUCACAAAGACCAGCUUGUUAGGACCAUUGACAGGGAAUAUAAAUUGGAGUGACCCUGGCUACGGGUCAACAUUUCGGAAGAGUCACAAACGCGACUGGUGGGAAAAUAUUUACAUGGCCCCAAAAGAAAUGUUUACUAGUUGUUUGAUGAAUGGUGUUGGAUAUUACCCCUGCACCGCUGCAAUGAAACCUAUUUUGACUCUCUUGGGUCUCUGUGCCACCUUCAACUGGAAUGCUUCUGAUGUUGCUAAAGUUCGACUUACUGGAUCAAACUACAAUCUCAUCCUGAAUGCCAAUAUUGAUCAGGCCAACUAUGUCCAUGGGGCCGAAGUGGCUGCUGGGAUGAAGGUAAUUUUACACGACCCUCGUGUACAUCCAGAUCUCGCGACAUCUUCCUUCCUGGCAGCUCCAGGAACAUCAACAUACGCUUCUGUUCACAGAUCAACGUACGAGUACCUGCCACCACCCUAUCAGGCCUUCAGGAACCGGACAUGCGUGGAUACUUUAUCACCCUCAUUUGAUAACACGCUGCAAUAUUUCGACACCUACACAUAUGAAAACUGUCUCCAGGAAUGCAUCACAAAGUUAAGUCACGACCGCUGUGGUUGCAUUCAGCCAGGAGAUAACGAAAGUAUAGGACAAAUUUGUUCCCUUUACAACUUCACAACCUGCUACGUUCCAGAAUAUAUAUCUCUCAGGCAAAAUGCGACGAUUCAGAAAUCCUGCGGCUGUCAAGUGCCAUGUUCAUUCGAGACGUACGAUGUCAAACUAUCCACAUCGAGAUACCCAUCGGAUGUGACAGUGGCGCUUACACUGAAACUUGGGCUUGCUCCAGAUGAAGAAUUUAUCAGGGACAACCUUCUCGAAAUACGGAUGUUCUAUGAAAAACUGGUCGUUCAAUCAACAACACAAACUCCACAGUACACAACUGAGACCAUAAUAGGUAACCUGGGAGGUCAGAUGGGCAUCUGUCUGGGAGCCAGUAUCCUGACACUCACAGAACUCGGAGAGUUCCUCCUCUUUCUCAUUCUCACAAUCUUGAGUAGAUGGAAAUAUGGUCGCGAAGUCAAGCAUAUCAAACCUAUUCAGCACUGAAGUAAACUGUUGUGUAUAGCCGAUGAAACACAAUUUUCAGUAGUUAAAUAUACUUUUAUAGUAACAGUAGAAACAUAGGACAAUUUCAAUUUUUUUCCAGUACAAAAAACGGAUCAAUAUAAAUUUCAAACAUGUUGUUAUGCAAUGAUUGAUAUGCUUUCCUAUGCUUAUUGAAAGUCAAAACCAUUUUUUGUACAUCACAAAAAGUGUGUCUAAUUUAGUUGAAUUUUAAAUUAUGAAUUUGUUAAAAUAAAUAAUAAAUUGACAUAAUCGUCA